AUGAGUGUCCUGCUGGAUGAUUACGGAGCUAUGCUCGAGAUUACUGAAGAGGUGGUCAAGGCUGCAGCAGGAAAUGUGCAGAGUGGAGAGAGCUUGAUUGAUCCAACGCUAGUGCCAUUCAGGCGCCUUGCAUACGUCCCAUUCAUGGUUACGUUGAGUCAUCCGCCCAUCAGGGUGAUUUGUACUCUGCAGAGACCAGCUGGAUUCAGUUACAUCAUAUGGAUGACUUCAGAGUUGUUGGGGCCGGAGGAGGCGUAG